ACUUAUUAGUAUUUAGUAGUCUUGCGACCGACGCCUCGGACACCACCGCGAGCAUAACAAAAUAUAUUUUGUCAUGACCGCGAGCGUGUUUGUUUAUUUUAAUAAAGUCAAUUAUACUUAAAAGUGCCUUAAAAAGUUUCUUAUAGUAAUUAUGCUAUGAUUAUAACAUCAGAAGUGGGAUGAACUUGUUUUGCACGUCGUGAAUGUUAAGCGCUAUUUAUUUAAUUUUGUCUAUGCUUGUGCGUGUGCGGAAAUUAACACGGUGUUGCGUUGCUGUUGGUUAACUUCGAACAAAGACGAAGCGAUGCGUAUGCGUGAAUAAGUAUUUAACAUAAUUACGGUCUAUCGUGUCACGAGGUUUUGUGUGUUUAUGUAUAUAUAUUUCGAAUUGCGCGAAAAUUGUAUAACUUUUCAUAACCUCAAAUUGUGUUUAACGAACGGUUGAAAACGUAUACCAACGACCUGGUUAUCACUAAUCAACGACGGCGAUAACAUUUGAACCUAAUCAGUGUUUAUUAUACUGUUUAUUUAUUAUUGUUUGGUAUCGUUAUCAUGGCUCACGAUAAAACCGUAGACGUCAAUGAAUUGUUACGAUUAAUGAUUGAACAAAACCGUAUUCGGGAACAACAAGUGGAAAAAUUAGUCACUAAACUAUCUGAGCGAUCGAAUGAUUCGAAUAUAUCAUCGACAUGUUUUAUACCUAGUUCAAACCAAACUAUUUCGACGUUCGACGGAUCAACGGGGGACACGGCCAUUGCAGCGGAAUGGUUGAAGUCAUUAGAAACCUCGAUGUGUCUGAACAAAUGGCCAGGUCAAUACACUUUGGAAGCAGCUCGUUCACAUUUAGCGGGACCGGCGAAACAGUGGUAUUUAGGUCACUUGGAUGAGUUGACCAACUGGAGCGAAUUUAUAGUGAUAUUUAAAAAAACAUUUAUGAGAUCAGCAACAACGGCGGAGACCUGGAAGAAAUUACAAGGACGGAUACAAGGAGUAAAUGAAACAACAUAUUCGUAUUUCCACGAAAAGAUUAGACUUUGCCGAGAGUUGAAAUUGGACGAGACUGAAACCAAACAACAAAUAUGUGUUGGAUUACGAUCACAAACUUUAUGUAUGGUGCUGAUGAGUAGUGCGCACAUUAGAGAAGAAGAGCUGUUAGCAGAAAUUCGACGCAUGGAAGAGGUACAACUGGAUUGCCAGCUACAUUUUAAAAAUAAUAGUACUAUCACUAAGAAAACUGCACCUACUACGUCGAAUGUUACACAAGUGGCUGCAAUAAAAGAAGGUACCCAGAAAAUUACAAAUGAUUGGACACGCGAAGUACGGUGCUAUAACUGCCAACAAACCGGUCACAUAAGUAGGGAUUGUGAUGCUCCACGAAAACCUCUCAAGUGUGUCAUAUGUCAUCAGGAGGGGCAUACAAAAAAAAAUUGUAAGACAGUGACCCAAACGGUGGUUAGUUUAGUAAAUACGAACCUCAACAAAUCUGGCUACAUUAAAAUGGUUAAGAUCAACAACAACCCAGUAUUGAUUCAGGGAUUGGUGGACACUGGAUGCGAUGUGUGUUUAAUAAAAGCCAGUGCAGCUAAACAGUUAAAUUUGUGUGUGUUACCUACGACUAAACAACUUACUGUGUACGGCAAUAACCCGAUAAAUGUAGUGAAUGAUGUUACGUCGGUAACUGUGGAAGUUGAUGACGUAGCAGAGAUGGUCGAACUAUGGGUAGUCGAAGAUUUGGCACAAAGUUAUGAUUUAUUAAUCGGACGUACCUUUACGGAUCGUGAAAAUGUUACUUUUAUUAAAACCAAAAAUGAGGUAAUAUUUGGAUACGAUUAUAUUUUUAAAUUUGAUGAUGAAGUUUUCUGUAAAAUGAAGUCAGCACGAGUAAAAGUGAAUAGUGAUCAAUUGUUGAAGGCAAACGAAGUAACCAUUGUAACAGCAUCAGUAAACGAAGAACCUGUGGAGGUACUCAACUUUUCCGUAUCUCACACGCUUAUCCAGGAUUUUUUCAACAGUGUGACACCCCUUUUCAUGCAUUGUUUGGAUAUUAUGCCAAUUCCAAUGAUGGAAUUGUAACAGCAUCAGUAAACGAAGAACCUGUGGAGGUACUCAACUUUUCCGUAUCUCACACGCUUAUCCAGGAUUUUUUCAACAGUGUGACACCCCUUUUCAUGCAUUGUUUGGAUAUUAUGCCAAUUCCAAUGAUGGAGCGUUGGCAAGACUAGUUGAUAAUGAUCAAACAUGGACCAAUAGUGUAUCGUUACAAUCCAGAAUCAGGGAUAGCAUAAUCAAGGAGCAUGAGUUGUGGAAAAUUAAAUAUAAUGCGAAACAUACCAACGUUACUUACUCUAUUGGUGAAAUAGUUUACCUGAAGAGACCACCCGAAUACACUGGCCAACCGACUAAGUUACAGCCAAAGUACAGGGGACCCUUAAUUAUUACCCAAACAUUACCGGGUGAUACAUAUAGACUACAGGAACUAUUGCAACAUAGUGGCCAUCAGUAUCGUACAACCGCACAUGUGUCUGAUCUGAAAUCAUAUCAUCUACCUAUCGAUAAGGACGACGAUCAAGAUGAAGCACUCGAAGACCAGGAACAAGAGAAUGAACAGGAUGAAGAGGGAGAACACCAAACAGAACAACCAGAGGAUGUAAUUGUGGGCAAUACACCUACUGAACAAGUACAGGCGGUCAAAGCAUUAAGACCACAAAGAUUGGCUAGGAAGCCGACAUAUUUAGUAGAUUAUGAUCUUAAAUGAAUUUAUUACAUUUUGUCAAUUUGUCUCAAUUAUUAUUUAUUUUUUUUAUAUAUAUAUAUAUGUGUUAAAUGUCAAUUAUUUGUAGGAAGUUAAUCUAGUUUCACCUGUUAUAAAUGAGGUCAUUUAAAUGCCAGGAUGACCGAAUGUUAUCAUUUAUUAUUAUUAUUAUUAUUAUUAUCAUUUUAUUAUUUUGGGUGGUAACGGGAUAACUAAUAUAUUAUUAGUAGUCUUGCGACCGACGCCUCGGACACCACCGCGAGCGUGUUUGUUUAUUUUAAUAAAGUCAAUUAUACUUAAAA